CCGUAGGUCGAAAGUCGAACAUCCCGACUUCCUCAGCCACACUCACACCGUCACUGCCUCGAUCAAAUUCAUAUGCCAACCAAAAAAUGGCGAAUUUUCAAGCUCGGACAUGGCUUUACAGAACCUUCUCGACCGUCGCUUCUCAGCCUCUUCGCGUCUGCGUAGUCGGAAGCGGACCUGCUGGCUUCUACACUGCUGAAAAGAUGCUGAAGGCGCACCAGGAAGCAGAGGUGGAUAUCAUUGAUCGGUUGCCAACGCCUUUCGGAUUAGUCCGCUCCGGCGUCGCGCCUGAUCAUCCCGAAACAAAGAUUGUGGUGAACCAGUUUACGCGAGUUGCGCAACAUGAACACUGCUCGUUCUUUGGAAACGUCACCCUUGGAUCCUCUGUAACUCUCCCGGAGCUACGUGAGUUGUAUGGUGUGGUUGUGCUUGCCUAUGGAGCUGAGAGUGAUAGAGUUCUUGGUAUCCCAGGAGAAGAUUUGAGUGGUGUAUAUGCAGCCAGAGAAUUUGUUUGGUGGUAUAAUGGGCACCCAAAUAGCAGAUACCUAAAUCCCGACUUGAAGAGUUCUGAUACUGUUAUAAUUCUUGGUCAGGGAAAUGUUGCUCUUGAUGCUGCACGUAUUCUUUUACGGCCAACAACAGAAUUGGCCACAACUGAUAUUGCAAGCCAUGCUUUGGCAGCUCUUGAAGAUAGCUCUAUAAGGAAAGUGUAUUUGGUUGGAAGGUGGGGACCGGUCCAAGCAGCUUGCACUGCUAAGGAGCUUCGUGAAAUUCUUGGUAUCAAAGAUCUGCAUGUUCACAAAAAGGAAACUGAUCUUCUCCCAACUGCAGCAGAUGAGGAAGAGAUGAAGAAUAAUCGAAUUCGGAAAAGGGUUUAUGAGUUGCUCUCUAAGGCAGCCAUGACUAGACCAUCACACCCCAGCUCAGAUGCACGUGAACUGCACUUUGUUUUCUUUCGGAAACCAAAUAAGUUUCUAGAGUCUGAUGAGAGAAGGGACCAUGUUUCUGGUGUCAGACUUGAGAAGACAAAACUCAUAGGUAUUAGCCCAGGAGAACAAACGGCUGCAGGCACUGGACAGUUUGAAGAGCUUGGAUGCGGGAUUGUGCUAAAGAGCAUUGGUUACAAAUCAGUGCCAGUUGAUGGCUUACCCUUUGAUCAUCGGAAAGGUGUGGUUCCAAAUGUUAGAGGGCGUGUUCUAAGUGAUACAUCUGGAGAUCCAACCCUGCUUGAGAAGGGUUUAUAUGUAUGUGGAUGGUUGAAGAGAGGACCAACCGGGAUCAUUGCUACAAACCUGUACUGUGCAGAAGAAACUGUUGCAAGCAUAUCUGAAGACAUUAAGCUAGGAAGAUUGACAUCCUCAUCUAACUCAGGCAGGGAGGGUCUCCUCCAACUGCUGGACGAUCGGAAUGUCAGAGUUAUAUCAUUUCGUGAUUGGGAAAAGAUAGACUCGGAAGAAAGACGGCUCGGGAAUUUAAGAAACAAGCCGAGGGAAAAACUAGCCACGUUGGAGGAGCUUCAGAAAGUAGCAACAGAUUAAAUACUCUCUUCGGGGUUUCUGUUUUUUCUUUUUCCCUUUGUUUUUUAGGAUUUAUAGCGAGAUCAUUUAUUCUUUCACUGAAAUACAUUAUGGUAUUCCUGUACUUUAGCCAUUAAACUCUUGCUGGCUGGGAAUGAAUGUAGCUUCUUUGUAAACCAUGGAAAUGAAUCUCGAUAUUUCAAUAGUUCCUGUAAUGUUUACUUAUCGGAAAUGGGUAUGAGAAGAAAAAGAAUAAUUUUAGUCCUCGAUUUUUUCACA